ACACGUGACGAUAAAAUAGUAGUGGUAAAAGAUACCGUCUUGCAUAAAGAUAAUCAGCUUUCAAGGACCAUAAACUGUAUUCCAGUUUAUACAAAACUUAAAAAAUUAAAAUGGCUCUUAUAUCUCGUCGACAUAUAUCAAUAACAUCGACGACAAAAUGUUUGUGAUCAUCAUGGGUGGUCAUAACCUUGCAAAGUGCACCUGACGUAGUACACGUGGAAGUGACAUUUGACUUGUAGUAUAACAUGAGAAUCCACAUCAACGUAUUAUUCCAAUCAAACGAUGUGCAAAGUUGUUAGUUGACAAAUUAAGGACUGAUGGUUCUAAAAUUUACUAACACCAGAACUAUUGUUUUUAGGAACAGUACUAGGAAAUAAAUCAUUAUUAAUACCAUCAAAGCCGUUGGCAGGUUCAUCGAAGUACAUGGUUUUGUUUAAUGAUUUUACGAAUAAGUAACCAUUAAAUUGUUCAAAAUGUGGGUCUUUGGUUAUGGCUCGCUCAUAUGGAAAGCUGACUUUCCAUAUGAGAAAAAGUUGGUUGGACAUAUCAAAGGAUAUGUGAGGAGAUUUUAUCAAAAAAGCACCGAUCACAGAGGGGUACCCGGCAAGCCAGGUCGUGUUGCAACAUUGCUUUCAUCAGCAAAUCCAACCGACGAGGUAUGGGGACAUGCCUAUAAAAUAGCAUCCGAAAACAUAGAAAAUGUUGUUAAUCAUUUAGAUUUUCGAGAGAAAGGUGGAUAUAAACGGAAGUCAGUCCUUUUUUAUCCCUGCAAUACUCCACAGCCUAGCAAUGCAAAUAAUCUAAGUGACGUCCCUGCAAAUAGUCUUUCAAACACAGAUUCCGUAACUCCAAUGAUGCCUACACCGUCGGAAGAAAUUCCAUUCCAUCUUACCAUUUAUAUAGGUGGGGAAGACAAUCCUCACUUUGCAGGAGAGGAAGAUGUAGAAACAAUAGCUAGACAUGUUAUUGAAGCAAGGGGAAUUAGUGGAUCCAAUAUUGAAUAUGUCUGUAAACUUGCUGCUGCUAUGCGGACUAUAGCUCCAGGUGUUAACGAUGAACACUUAUUUGCACUUGAAGCAGCUGUUCGUAAGUUAGAAAGUGAAAAAAAUAAAAUGGGAAACGAAGAUUUAACAUUAAAUCAACAUAUAUACAAUCACGAAAGUGGUUGAAUUAAAAGAAGAUUAACUAAUGAAAUUCUAUUAUAAUGCGUUUUUAAUUUAAUUUUAAAAUCUAAGUGGACAAUUUAAUAUGAAUGAAAGUGUUAUAGCAUUGACAAUGUAUAAAAUGUUAUAUUAUUAAAGAUUCUUUCCAACGUAACACUUUGCAGUCCACUGAUGGUAGAGUUGUCAUGCGAAUUUUGACAUUCCAAUCCGUUAAUGACACAGAGCCAUCACAGACGAAAAACCUUAAUUUUAUGAUGAAUAUAAAUCAAAACCUAAUAUGUAUAGGAGCUUUUACACUGAAACUCAUUUUCAACUAAAAAAAAGUUUGGCUAAACAUGCAUCAUAGGAUCAGUUUGCUUGAACCAGACAACGCUAUAGAGUACUUCAUAUUGUGGACUGCGAAGUGUUAAAGGAUUAAGAAUAUAAUUGAUUUACAAAAGAACAGUGCUUAACUUUAACAAUGACAUAAUUCGGAUGUUUUACCGACACUAACUAAAUUUUAUAAAGUUUAAAUUAUUGAUCUUAAUAUCAGUGUUUAUUUGGGUUCACAGCUUAUAUACAUUAAUGUCUUUUAGCGAAUAAAUAAAGAUUUGUUUUUAAGAAAAUA